AGCCUAUAAUUUUAAGAUUAAUUCCAUGGAUAAUACAGGCUUACACUAACUGAUACCAGGUGGACUACUAUCUGGUGACUGCAGGUAAAGUGGAUUUGGUUUGCAGCAGAGACCAGAAACCAGAUAGAAACCCAGAGCACCAACACAGGAAUGUCCAAUCCAGCCACAGUUGCCCCAUCGGGCCAUCUCGACCAGGUUAAGAGUGAUGCCAACUGCUCGCCUGAGCCAUCAACCCAAGCUUGGACGAAUACACCAGAGCAUCUGAAGCAGGCGUGCAACCUCUUAAAAUCAGAAUGUGACCUGUUGGCCUCCCCAUAUUGUGAUGAAGAUGGGCCUCUAGGUGACCGAAGCGAAUCCCUGUCCAACUAUGCAGCUCAAGGGAAGGAAAUGAAGCAGAUGCCCUCGUUUGCCUCCGAAUGGGACGAGAUUGAAAAGAUCAUGACUCUUAUUGCCAGCAUCAAGAUAUCUGAGGAGCAUCAGCCAGCGUUAGAAGAUGCAGCCGGGAGCCGUGUGCUGGAGCAGUCGGUGGGGGAGUGGCUGGAACACGUGGGCUUCCCUCAGUACGAGAGCAAACUGGUGCUCAAUGGCUUCGAUGACCUGCGCUUCAUGGGGAGUAACGUGAUGGAGGAUGCGGACCUUCAAGAAAUUGGCAUCACGGACCCAGGCCACAGAAAGAAAAUCCUUCAUGCAGCAAAAAGCCUUCCGAAGGUGAAAGCUCUGGGAUGUGAUGGCAGCACAUCUCUGGCCUCAUGGUUGGAAACUCUGGGUCUUGGAGAGUAUCUGCACAACUUCCUGUCCAGCGGCUACCGCACUCUGGAAUGCGUGAAGAACCUGUGGGAGCUUGAAAUUGUCAAUGUGUUAAAAAUUGGCCUUCCUGGUCACAGAAAAAGGAUCAUAGCCUCAAUAACAGAGAGACCGUAUGAGGAAGCACCUUCAAAAUCCAACCGAUUUUCCCAGCUUAAGAUUCAGGACCUGUUGUCUCAGAACACGUCACCACUCAGUUAUAUGGAUCCAUACACCAGUCGCUCAAUGGACAUGUUGCUACCACUGGGGGAAUCGGGCAGAAAGAGCAGAGCGCUGGACCAGGACGGCAGUAUCUCCCUCCGCUCUUUCGGUGAAAGAUCACGCUCACAUGAUCGUCAUGCAGAUCGACAUUCUCGUCAAAUUGUUCGUCCAUCGAGUCAAUCUGCCAUGUACACCACUGUCUCCACCUGGCACCAUCACCCUGAGAAGCUCAUCACAGAGUCCUGUGUUUAUGAGGCCAGAUAUUUGGGCUCUGUGAUCAUUAGAGACUUACGAGGAAUUGAGUCUACACAGGAGGCGUGCGCUAGAAUAAGGAAAUCAAAGGAUCACAGAAAAGGCCCUGUAAUAAUCCUGAAUAUCACCUACAGAGGAGUCAGAUUUGUUGAUGCAGCCACCAAGGGAAUAGUUGCAGAGCAUGAGAUCCAGAACAUCUCGUGUGCAGCUCAGGAUCCUGAUGAUCUUUGCUCGUUUGCAUACAUCACAAAAGACCUGAAGUCUGGCUACCACUUCUGCCAUGUCUUCACCACAGUAGAAGUGACACAGACUUAUGAGAUUAUCCUUACUCUGGGACAAGCAUUUGAAGUAGCCUAUCAGAUGGCUCUCCAGGCGCAGAAGGCCCGUCGUCACAGUUCAUAUGCAGGUCCAGCCUCAGAAAACAUAGAAAUCAAGACCAGCAGACCCACGUCACAGUCCCGCAUCAGUGCACGUCGCUCCGCGGGUGCACCUGUGCUUGAAUGCCGCUGCUGUUACUGUCACACGUGCUCCGCCCACCGCCCCUCCUACCUCCCGCUGCCCUCUGUCAGCCCUGGAGUUCAGCCUCAUUCCCCGCUACUACUUCCCCGGCACCUCGACUCACUGGAACCGGAAACGGAUCUGCAGUCCCUGGGCAGCACCAGUUGGCUUUACGAACCACGGGACUCCUCCAGACCUUCAAGUAGCACCAAGUAUGAGACCACCAUAUUCUGAAGCAGGGCACUGCCCUUGUCCAAUCCUGCCUGCUGCCCCGUUUUUACCCCACGCCCCCUAGAACUAGUGCCCUGUGCCUUCUCACUGUGAUUUGUAGCCUUCCUCAGGGCAAGACUACUUCCCAUGCCAGUCCCAACCCUAGUCCUUGCCUGCAUUGCCCUCUUGGAGAGCAAAAUCUCUCCACAUUCCUUGUCGUCUUGACAGAUGAGCGCUUUUAGUGGAAUUCCCGGAUUUGCCGUCUAACCAGCCUCCUCAAACUCUUCUGUCACGAUCCGACAAUCUCGCCUCUGAGAGCUUCCCUCUUUUAUACAUUAAGCUGAAUGUUUACGGUCAAGUCCCUCGUAUCAGAGUGUUCUGUCACAAAACCUCUGAACUUAAACCAAUAUGUAGGCGACCUACCAAGUAGCUUGGACACUUGUAGCAUUUCUACAUCUCAUCCGAGUGGCAUAACUUUGUUAGAAAUGAGUGGUUCCACAAACUUUCAGACUGCAUCAGCAAUACUGUUUCAAGUUUACGUACGUUCACGAUCAUGAAUGCAACUCAACUUUCCGUUGGCGCUCCUCAAACCCUGUAGCACUAGAUCAUUUUUGUCCUGUAGUUGGAUCUUUGCUUGACCCAUUUUCCCUCAGCAGUCCUUCGUUUUUUCCAAAAGAGUUGGUUUCGAAAUCACAAUCAGUGCUUCCUUUUGUCUUACCAGGCGUUUGCAGAUCUGAAGGCUGCGGAAGAAAGACUAUGCCUGUUUAGAACAAACGUACGUUGGGAUUUUAAAUGCAAUCUAAUUUUACGAAUUAGAAUACAGCCCCAAGAAAAUGGAAUAUCCAAGACAAGAUUCCUAUUCUGUUUUAUAAUUUUUCUGGGAAGAAAUUUGAUUACGACCCUUUAUCAAUAUAUGGGAUUAUUAUUUUUUUCUGUAAAGUUCUAUAUUUCUAACUUUACAUUGUGACAUCACAUGGUAAAUGUGUUUGUAAACCUUAUAUGUUCAUUUUGUGAUUGAUGAUUUGUUCUGUAAUAUUUGUUACCUCUGGGAUUUCCACAAUGCCAUUUGCAGACAAAAAACAAAAAAAAAAAAAAAAAAAAACACGACAAAACAUUUUCGUAGACGUAAUGGUAAAUGUUACUAUUUUCUACGAACCAAUUCCCACGUGACAACUAUCUGUGAUAGGCACUAAGGUUACAGAAAGAGAAAUGUUUUAUUGUGAAAUUUAUUGAAAGUUUGGAAAACCAUUGUAAAUGUGCACAACGUAAAAUCUAAUCUACUUUUUUAAUCCUUCACUCAAAAGUUCUUAUUUCAGUGUUUUCGAUUAUAGACAUUUUCUGUAUGCAACGUGCUGUUUUACUUUGGCUAAAAGUCAAUUUUACAUUCUUGAAAGUUUCUAUUUUGUCUGGUCUCAUUGGCCAUGUACGCACUGCAGCUAAAUUCGGUUUUCACACCAUUUCUGAUCACUUAAACCUCUUUCUGUUCCCAUUAAGUUUGGUUAUUUACAGGAGUGACAUCUAAUCAAAUUUACAUUAAAACCAUUUAGUGUGUACUAAAUCUCUAGCUCUAGAAAAUCACAGAAACGGAUGUACUUGUUAUGACUUUUUUGAGAAUUUCUCUCCACUGUAGUUGCUUCCACCAACCUCAAAAAUUGUUGGAUGUAAAUAUGACUCUAGAUGCUAAUAUUUGUUCUGUCACAAAUAGCUUACACCAAACAGCUGCACAACACCAAAUCAUUGCUAUGUUUCAUUAUAUGUCAACUAUUGCGAGAUUGGGAGUGACUCCUGACACACACAGAAUGAUAAUUUAGAGGAUUUCCUUUCGAAUUUGAAUGCGGUUGUCACUCUCAAAACUUUACAGUGUGUAUGUGGCCAGGUUUUUUUUUUUUUUCUCUCGGUGUGGAAAAGAAUGUUUGGUUUGGUUUGAUUCUGGUUGUUUUUCACUCUCAAGCCACUAUUUGUCUCUCAUGUCCUGUUCUAGAGUUAAUCGUUAAAAUUGUGGUGAUUUCUUUGUGACUGUGUUGCACAUUCUCAGCAUCCAAAAAUCACAAUCAGACAUCUUCAGUCAUGAAUAACUCAUCGUUUGCCAUUGUUUUGUAACACUUCCUAACUGAAAAUUGCCAAAGAGGCCGACUCAAAAUCCAUUUCACUCAAACCAUCGCAUCCUGUAAUGUGAAUUUUGUGUAUUUAUGACACUGUAUCCAUAUGAAAUUCUAACACAUUCUAAUAUUCCAAGUUGAAUUUUUAUAGCACUGUUCCAUCUGAGCUCAGUUUGAUUUGGAUUUUGGAACAUCCAUUUCUGAAUUCCAAUAUAUUUUUCCUUGUGUAGCUCACUCCACCUUUCAAGUUUCCGGACACCAAGGUGUGAAUUGAAGGGGAAUCAGAUGAAACUUUAUGUGUGAGUCCAAAUGGGGAAGAUAUUGAGUGAGUAUGCGUGAGAGAAAGAAAAAGAUGUUAAAUUAGCACUUAACUGCCGUACGACACGGACUGUCCAAAACUUGCACCAACUGCAAAAAUACACUUUAAUACCGGACAUGACUUAACCGAUGAAGUGGUUUACUGGUGAUGUGGAAAUGAACAAAACACACCAAAUAAUAACAUUAGAUUCAGCUUGAUAGUCAAUUUGGGUGAAUCUCAUGAAGAAAUGUAUUUUAUUUUUCAAAAGUAUAUAUAUAUACAUAUAUAUAUUGCAUUAACAAAAUAAAAAAUAAACCUAUUUUUAGGACCAGAAAUAUUCAUUUUGUGACAUUAUUUCCAUAACAAUUAAGCAUAUUUUCCCCAAAUCCUCAUUACUGCAAUGUGUAAAACCUUAUUCUCAUUACUGUAAAGAAAUUCAUCCUGUCUGGACACAAUGAUUCUUCUUUUUCAAAAUAAAAUCAACAUAAAUUAAAAACUACUAAAAUGUUUACUUAUAUGUACUUCACAAGUUUAAUUUACCAUUAUUGUAUAUUAUUAUUAUUAUUAUUAAUAAAUGCAUUAUGGUACUGAGAAAUAAUAAAUGGUCAUACAAAUAGGAUUUAUUUUCUUUAUGCAAAAUAUUUUUCCUAUUAAUUUUGGGUUGAAAUAUGACUUUCUUGACAUGAGAAUCACCCAUUUAUACCUUUGAAUAGCAAAUUUGUUUAACUUCCAAUGGCAAAAAAAAAAAAAAAAAAAAUGAACUUUGUGGAAAUUCUGAAAAACUGGAAUACUGAGCACUGUGUGAACAUUGUAACAUUUUCGUGUUCAAUGUUUUCUCUUAAACUGUGGUUUAUUUUCAUAUCGAGAAAGACUAGCAAAGUAUACCCCCAAAAAUGUACCAAUACAGGCAGGUUUGUUGAUGUUUUUGAGCUCUGUGUAGAUUUUAGAACUACUUAAGAUUUAUGGCGUUUAAAACAAAAGAGGUUUAAUUAUGGGCAAGAUAUGAAAAAAAGUCACCCUUUUUAAUGUGAAUUAGCCAAAAUAUUUUUAUCUGUAUGUGACGAAUCAAGCAAAAUUGAAAUCAAAUCAGUGGUUGAUGCAAUGGUCUUACUGUGAAACAGCAAAGAUGUAGCAUAUUGAGGCUAUUGAUUUGCAAUAUGAAGCAAAAUGCUGGAUUUAAUGUCACUUUGUGUUCACCUAACACAUCGCCAAGCUGUCUAAGCAUCACAUUGUUUUUGUUCAACACUGGGCAGGUUGUUUUUCCUUUUUUGAAUAGAAUAUGGGCACAUAUGCUGCAGUGAAAUAGUUGAUUUAUAGAAGAAAAGAAUAGGGGAAAAAAACCUGCAGGCAACACGUUUCUUUAGCUUGCCCUUGGAAUUCACUUGAAUUUCUUUUGAGCUUCACGUAGUUUGAGCAAAUAUUGACAAACGAUUGAAAACACAUGACAUUUCUAUUCUCUUUUUCCUGGUUGGGUGUAUGAGGAUGUCAGAAAAUAAACCAGGAUCAGGGCUGAAUGCUUGCACUUGACAACACACGAUACACUACCACUGUUGGCCUAUGUAGAAGGUUAAGUAAUUAUGAUUAAAAGAUGUCUAUUAAAUGUACUUUUCUUUUCCCUGAAUGUUCAUUCCAAUUACCUAAAGAACAACCAUUAUAUCUCUACGCCAUUGAACCAAUAAAUUCAAAUACAUUUUUUUGCUCUA